AUGGCUUGCGAGAUAUUGGUUAUACCUGUUUCUAUGGUAGCUUCAAAGUCUGCAUUUAGUAUUGGAAGAAGAGUUCUCGAUCUAUACUGUAAUUCCUUGACACUUAGAAUGGUGGAGGUCUUAGUGUGCACAGGAGAUUGGUUGAAGGAAUAUGUUUUCUUAGCUUUAGAUGGUGAUGAUAGUGAAGUUCUUCAACAACUAAGGCGCCGUCAGCUUUAUCUUCUCAAACCCAGCCUUGGCGUCGUUCAUCCAUCUUCAUCACUGCCCUUCAUCGCACCCAGCCUUCAUUGCAUUCAUCUCCUUCAUCGUUGUGUUAGCGAAGAUCGCAACUCUUCGCACUCAAGGUCGAAACCCUUUGCGCUCAAGAUCGCAACCCUUGCUGUUUUGCUUGUUGUCCUUCUCGCCGUUCUGGUCGCGGUUCUGCUCGCUUCUCUCUGUCGCAGUUCUGCUUGCUUCUCUGUCGUGGUUCUGCUCGCUUCACUGUCGCGGUUCUGCUCGCUUCUCUGUCGCAGUUCUGCUCGCUUCUCUGUUGCAGUUCUGCUCACCGUGCUGCUCGAAGGGUUGAAGUGUCCAGCACCAAUUGCAAAUGGGGUUGCAGAAUUACCAGUUUCAUCAGUUAAACACUUAAAGGAUUUCCUGUGUUGUCUGUUGUCCCAGCUGCAAAAUAAAAAAAAUGAACUUCAAAGCCAUGUAGAGGCAGGGGAAAAUCAUGAGGAUGCAUUUGUAGCAGUUCUAGGAAAGGACCAACUAGGUCGAGUUCGUUGUUAUGGGACUUCAGUUACAAGAAGCUCUCUUAGAAAGGAUGAGGAGAUUUGCCAAGUGAAGGUUGAAUACAAUGAUAAGGUCUCAUCAUUAGAAAAGAAGAUGGACGGUGUUUGUGGUCUAUUAAAUGUGAUGUUGCACCAACUCAAUCCUGAAAUGAGUGAUGAAGAGGUAGCAGCCUUAGUGCAAGCAACCCAAAAUUCUCUUUUGGAUGCCUCAAGUAGUAGACCAAGAAAUACUCCUCACUCCUCUCGAGCAACUGUAAUUCCACCAACUGAUGAUGGCAAUGAUAAAAACAAUGGAGCUCAUAAUGGAUGAUCACACUACUCAUGAAAUUUGAUAUUUUGUAACUAAGUACAUAAAAGAAGAAGAUAUGUGAC